AUUCUGAGUCUGGUACCUGUCAUUUCGAAGUAUCUUUUCGGCUGAUCCCGAAGUCUAAGGGGAUCUCACCGAGUUCCAACAUGGCACUGCCGGCCAGGUGGAGAUUAUUUGUUGGUUUAGCAGUCAUAUUUUUAUUCAACUGUAUCAACGCUCAAAAUCCUUUUCGGAGCUUCCAAUACAAAUACAGUUUUAAGCCGCCUUACUUGGCGCAAAAAGAUGGAAGUGUUCCGUUUUGGGGAUACACUGGAAAUGCAAUUGCCAAUGAGGAAAUGGUCAGAAUCACACCAUCUCUUAGAAGUCAGAAAGGUCAAAUUUGGACUAGAACACCAACUGAUUUCGAUUGGUGGGAGGUUGAACUUGUAUUCAGGGUAACUGGCAGGGGCAGAAUAGGAGCUGAUGGCUUGGCAUUAUGGUACACUGAAAGCAAAGGUGUUGAGGGGCCUGUGUUUGGCUCCAAUGAUCAGUGGAAUGGUCUUGGUUUGUUCUUUGAUUCAUUUGAUAAUGACAACAAACACAACAAUCCCUUCAUCAUGGCAAUGACAAAUGAUGGUACACAAAGCUAUGCACACCAAUUGGAUGGUUCCACACAGCAACUCGCUGGAUGUUUGAGAGAUUUCCGUAACAAACCAUUCCCUGUACGAGCCAAGAUCGAGUAUUACCAAAACACUCUUUCGGUAAUGUUUCACAACGGAAUGUCCAACAACGAGCAAGAUUAUGAAAUGUGCUUCAGGGUAGAAAAUGUUGUUUUGCCAAGGCAUGGUUACUUUGGUGUCACAGCUGCCACCGGAGGACUUGCCGAUGAUCACGAUGCGCUGAAGUUCCUUACUUACAGUUUGCAAAGUCCUGAUGCCGCCUCCACAGAUGGGGUUCAUAUAGCCGAAGAUGAACGUGCUAAGCUCUCAAAGGAAUACGAGGAGUAUCAAGAUAAGCUACAGAAACAAAAAGACGAAUACCGACAGGCUCACCCAGACGAAGCCGACACUGGCAAAAUGGAAAAUCCAGAGGAAUGGUUUGAAACUGAUAGUCAACGUGAACUGGGUCAGAUCUUUUCUGGUCAAAGCAAAAUGUUUGACGCCUUACGUGACAUUCAGCGCAAGAUGGAUGACCUUGUGGGCCGCCAAGAGCGCACGCUUAGCCUAAUGUCAGCUAUUCAAACUAACCAAGCAGGAGCCGUGCAAACGGGUGGAACGGGACCAAUUCCAGGCGUAGAUACGAUUCGUCGUCACGAAGUUGAAACAGCUUUAGCUAAUCAGCGUGAAAUUGUUGGAGCAGCUCGAGAAAUAAAAGCUUAUGUUACCGAAAUUCACCAACGUACUGCAACCAUCGUUCAAAAUCAGGGCAAACAGGUGGGGGGUUCUGCGCAACCCCUCGGCUACGAUCACGUCCAAAACAGUUUGAAUGAAGUCAAGGAAGGUCUUAACAUGAUUAAACGAGAUAUUAGUGUGACGGCCCAACGCUUGGCCGCGCAACCGGUCACUGCUUGUCCUACCAAUCAACCUUGUGUCACCACUACCAUUUUCGCAGUCUUUAUGGUCAUUCAGAUGGUCAUUAUGAUUGGUUAUUUCAUUUACAGGGAUACAAAGGAGGCUCAGGCCAAGAAAUUUUAUUAGGAAUGCAAAGCAAAUCACAUUUCCAAUUGUUAAAAAAAAAGGUUUUAUGUGGAGACCAAUGGUGUGAGGUAGUGGAAAGCCCUCCUGGUGAAACUAAGAUGUUGGUAAAGAAUUCCGGCGCAACUAUACACAUCAUUAUUUCCCCCUUUUUUUUUUUUUUUUUUUUUAUUGGUUUCCUUAAUGCAUAAUUUGGUGCACGAAUGCAAAUAAGUGGCAAUGUUUGGCUUACUUAAAGGGGAAACAAACGGGUUAACUGACUACGUUGAUGCACAUUUGCUCUCUAAUGUCAUUUCCUUGUGCGAAAGAAAACGCAAAAACUUAUUUCUUAAAAAAAAUCAUCUUAAAGAAGAAAAGCAGAUUUUUUUUUUAUCGUUUUCAUUUUUUGAUGAAUGUUUUUUAAAUUGCGUAGUGAAUGGAUGUGUUCUGCCUUAAAGGCGAAUAUUUCUUUAUUUUUCAUUUAUUUUUAUGUCUUGCGGAAUCAUUAUGGUACAUAUUCCAACUCCCACAAGUUUCACACCCACGAUUUUUCAAAACAAAACGUAUCAGAGAGAAAUACACUGCCUUCGAUACCACA